ACGUGCGCCCCCGUAAAUUCCAAUAUCGUCGCACGUCUAUUUCCAUCCCCCUCGGCUAAUCCUCAUCUACUCACCCUCGAUUUUACUCGUUACAACCGUGCCUCCACUGGAUGUGCAGAGGCGUGUCUUUUUGUUACGGAGCGUUUCAAGUUGAGUUGCCGAGAGGCGCGUGCGUUUGAAACCCGCGGCUACGGAUUGUGGUGCCGAUCAGUGGUUUAAAUCCGAGUUUUCCACGAUUGCGAGGGACGGGGGUGAUCUUGUUCGAAUAGGAUGUCGAUGCAUAAUAGUGUCUGCGUUUGUGCCGGAUAAAUAAACGCGUGUGGCGGUGUGUGGUGCUGUGUUUACCUUUGCGACAGAUACACUGUUUUUUUUUUUAAACUCGCCGGCUGUCGCUUGCGGGGCAAACAUUUGCUCCGGCCGCUUUUCGGCUCCGUGUGGGAGAGCCAGUGUCGAGGAAGAUACGUACAUCCGCGUGUUGUGUAGUAAGAAAAAAAAAAAAAAAAAGUAGUGUGUGGUUUGCGAUCGAGUGCCAGAUUGCUGACGAUUGUUGGUGUUGUCGUCGAGUAGAACGGACCAGACCGCCCGCAAACAUCGCCCAUCAUCUCCAGAGACCUUCUACUCGGUGAAAGAAAAAGAAAAGGAAGGAGAAGAAAAAAAAAAAAAAAACAGCACACAACAAAAAAUCGAAUAGUGCAUUGUGAAGUUUAAGUGCCAGAAGACGAAUAAAUAAAGAGCAGAAGCUGUGACGAGAAACUGCGCGCGCGUGCGGCAAAAGUUCUCCCUCGGAGCCGUCGCUCAAACAAUCCGUGUAACCCACGCACUCAUACACGGUACAGCCAAGUGCAAAAGCACACCUCAGCCACGCCACAAGGGAUUGAAUAGCGUGAAUAGCGUGGCAUUGUUUGCUCGUGCAGCUGACGUUUACGAAUUGACGUCUCCCGGAUCAAAGUACGCGCGCGUGCCCGUAUACCACGCGUCGAUCUCAAAGGCGGUGCAACCGGAGCUACGAUGAAGCUGCGAGCGGCCCAAUGACGGGGGUAUGAACGCUCAGAUUCGUCAGGCAAGGAGACGAGCUGAGAAUCCUCGGCUUCAAUAUCAGCGCCAUGCGGUUUAUCCUCGUCCUGGCAACUCUGAUUUUGGAGGCUCAGCUUUACUUCACAGGAAGCCAAGCGAAGCAGGAUACAAGUGCCAAUAGCGUUGGGAACGACGAUGAAAAACCGUACAAGCCAGAACAAGAGUUCCGCGGACUGAUCAAGGAUGUCCUGGCGCAGAAGGGAGGCACCGCGACUCUGCCGUGCAAAAUCGAUCCUGGAUCCGGAAUCGUCACGUGGGUACGGCGCAGGGACAGGCAAUUGCUUACUGUCGGCCAGGACACUCACUCGGUGGACAAGAGAUUUAUGGUGCAUAAGCAUGUGAACUCCGAGUGGUCGUUGCUUAUACAAAAGGUCACCCAUGAAGAUGCUGGGCUAUACGAAUGCCAGGUGACGACACACCCCGUCCAGCAGUACUUCGUGCGGCUGAGCGUGACCGACGCCUACUCGAUAAUACCAGGAGCCCCGGACCUCCACGUCAAGCAGGGCUCGAAUUUACGGCUCGAGUGCAAGCUCAUGUCGGCGACCGAGACGCCGCUCUACGUAUUCUGGUACAGGAACGCGAGGAUGAUCAACUACGACUCCGAGCCCGGGGUCAGGGUCGAGCUCACCAAGGCCGGCUCGGUCCUCGAGGUCGAAAAGACCCAGCUGGGCCACGGGGGAAACUACACUUGCGCGCCCAGCAACGCUCGCGAGGCCUACGUCAUGGUCCACGUGAUCGAGGAGGAGGAGAAGCCCGCAGCGAUGCACGGUGGGGACCGGCGCAACUUGAGCCCAGCGAUUCUGGCGAGCAACUUUCUCGUCUCGCUCCUCGCGGCCGUCAGCUGGAGGAUACCGAGCUUCACCAGCCUCUACCCCACGUGAACGGCCCCAACCACCAGUGGAUCCCCCCGACGCAUGGACGGACACCCCGGCCAACUCUCACCCCCAAUGGUGAUGACAACCGUGACGGCGACCGGUGAUCCUCUCGUGUGACUUUUAACUCUGUUUAGGUGUGCGUGUGGCUGCGUGGGUUAUCUCAUUUGGUGAUUCAUCGGGAAACUAUGGGUCAUUAUAUUGGCGCGUCGAUACUACUUACCGCGAGUGCUCUUUUGUGACACUGAUUGUAUAAAGAGUCCUCGAAUGCAGGUACUUUGCACUUUUGAGGACUGAGCGUAUGAUUUCUCUCUUCGUAUAUUUAUGUUUUUUUUUGUUGUUUUUUUUUCCAUAUAAUAUGUACUUUUUAAGGUUUAACAAGGUGUGUCGGUAUACGCAAAUGAGCUAGUCCUGACGGUGUUUGUCGCAUGCAUGCGCACGUAUUAAAAAAUAAAAUUUAAAAACAAAAAGGUUUGACGAUCGACUUUGAAAACAUGAUGUUCGUGUUCAAGAACAGUAUUUUCUGUAUAUUGUACAUAUGUUGAUAACUUUAAUGGUUGGGCGUGACUUGUGAAUACGUAAUUUGUUUUUUCCGAGAAUUAAUUCAAGAUAAAAGUAUACGUAAAAAUCUACACGAUGUAUGUUACCGAUCAUAACAGCCAAUAUAAAUAUAUAUAUGUGUGUGUGUGUGUGUGUGUGUGUGUGUGUGUAUGAACGAGUGUCGAUUGUAUCGAGUGUAGGUGUGUGUUGUGUUCGUAGCUGAUUUGGAACUUUAUUUGGGAUUAAAAGAAAAAAUAAGUGUUACAAAACAAAUCGUGAAAUUUCAUUCCAGUGUUACCUUAUUGAUUGUAUAAACUAAUUUAACAUGAUUUUUAUACGUGUGUUUAAUAUUGAGACUAUCAAUAAAGUGAUUGCUUUUGAUUAUUCUAUGUUAGAAAAAUUUUUACUUUGAGUAAGAUAUUUAUUACAAAUUUACGUAUGAUAAAUGAAUUAUUAAAGAUAAUACAUGGAAAUGUAGUUAAAUUAUAAAUAUAUUUUUAUGUAAUCUUUUGUAUGCUGCCUCCUCUCAUAUUUAACAUGUAUAUGAAGACUUUUUGUAAUUUUAAGGUAAACAAAAAAAAUGUUCAUAUUCGUGUUAUAAGCAUACAUGAUACUCCUAACUUGUGGUAGAAAAAAAAAAAUUACUCAUCAAUCUAUGAUAAUUUACACAAAGUCAACAUAUAAUACAAAAGCAAAAAUUUAUUGGGUAUUAGCAUUUGAAAUGUCUACAGCGAAUGUAUGUGUCACAGUUUUCAUUUACAAGCCAAGUGCAGUACAUUAAACCAUACUUCAAAACUUUAAUUUAAAAAAAUCAUGUGCUACUCAACAAAUAAUGUAUUCAACUUUUGCACCCAUUUACCGUAAAUGUUGUUAUUUUCUGUGUAUUAAUUUUUAAAAUUACCACUACAAAAUAAUUUGUUGAAAAACUUUGAGUGCCAAAAUCCAACAAAACGUUCUUUGCAGUUGCCUAUGAAAUUUGAAUGCUAGUUCCCAACAUUACUUAUACACAUAAUGUAAAAAAAAAAAAAAAAAAAAAA